AACUCUUCUCUGCGUUCCUCCUCCUCCACUGCAGUCUUUCUGUUGGCCACGACCACUUCCUCCCUCGUGCACUGAGAGAACACCGGGUCCCGACCCACGCCGCGUCAGUUCCUCAUUGCCAAAGAGAAGCCGGCAGAGAGGUAGCAAUGAACGUGGAACAUGAAGUCAACCUCUUAGUGGAGGAAAUUCAUCGUUUAGGUUCAAAAAAUGCUGAUGGAAAGAUAAGCGUGAAAUUUGGGGUCCUAUUCCAGGAUGACAAAUGUGCCAACCUCUUCGAAGCCUUAGUGGGAACUCUGAAAGCUGCGAAACGGAGGAAGGUUGUUACAUACCCAGGAGAGCUGCUUUUACAAGGCGUUCAUGACGAUGUUGACAUUACAUUGCUUCAAGAUUAAUGUGCUUUGCGUAUUUUGUGUAUUACUCCUUUUUGUUUCUGGUAAACUGGAAUAUUGGGUCAAAGGACAAACAUAUGAGCAUCCCCUGAUGUAUUUUUCUAAAACUUUGUAAACAAAAGGAGACUCAUAUUUUACAGGUCUGUUCUUUUUUUAUAUCUUGAAAGAUAAUAUAAAACCCAUUAUUUUUCUCAGGAAUCUGGUUGGGAAAUCGUAGGCACUGAGACUGUUUUUUUUGUUUCGUUUUUUUUUUGUUUGUUUUUUUCUCUUUCGGAGGGGGUGUAAGAGUGUUUCGUAAAUCGUUCUUAGACAAUUUCUACAGAUACUAGAUGUUCUGUUAAAACAAGAGGCAAACUGUAGACCAGCUCCCACAAGGAACAUUGUGUUUAUGUAAUAAAGACAUGUAACCAUCUUAACAUCA